AUGACGAGGUCACGGCACGCACCGCGGCGUUCCAGUCGAGAUAUAAGCUCCAACCAGCGGUUGGGAAACAGCUCGUCCGGUCCUCAGCUCCCAAGUCUCGGAACCCAGACGGGGGGAUACCGUUUGAUUGCAGCCCAGCAACCGAGCACCGAUCCUCGAGUCGAAUCACUUCGCUAUCCACCACCACCUCCACCACCACCACCAUUAUUGCCCCCAUUACCGCUUGCAGCACCUCCGCUUCCCACGACCGAUAAUACCGCACCACGAGUUCCUAUCCCCGCACAUAUCGAGACAGCCUCGCCCACAGCUGGCCGCGAACACAGGGAAGGCGCCACAUCCGAAAAGCAGAUCCAACAUCCUGACCUGGUGGGCGAUGAAUCGGCGGCGCUGGCAGAGUAUCCAUACUCGAUAUACAACCACGGUACGUGGACGGCGGAUGACGACAAACGACUGAUCCAGGCGCGGUCGCAGGGCCAAAACUGGGCCGAUCUUAAGGAGGCCCAUUUCCCGACUAAAUCGGCCAACGCAUGUCGAAAACGGUACGAGCGACUGGUCGAGCGACGGGGAAUACACGAUUACACCGGACGCAGGUUGGAGAGUGUGUCGAACGAGUAUAUGAAUAUGAGGCGCGAGAUAUGGUCGGGGUUGGCAGACCGCGUGGGGAUGAAAUGGGAUACCGUGGAAGCGCUGUGCAUGAACGCCGGGCUGCGGACCAUCCAGUCCAACGCUCGGUCGUACACGAAUCGGGCCCGGCGAGAUAGCCGGAUCUCACAGAAGACGCGAGAAGCGCAGGCGGAGGUCAUGAGUGUCGGCCAGGGGGCUCUUCCGAUGCCAGGGCUUCCGGUCGGGAGCGAGUUCGGGACGGCAUUUACCGGACACGGCGUUGAUUUAGACAGGGCCCCGGGCCCAGGGGUGGUCACAGUCCCAAUGUCGGUCCCUGGCUCAGUCGAUCGGAGUAUGCCGCCGCCCCCAUUCAUCCCCUCGAGCGGCCCGCAUUCCGGCACGAGGUUGCCCCCAAUGGCAUUACCGCCACAAGCGCCCUACCAUCAGGGGUAUCCCAAUGGAAACGUGAGGCCGUUGUCCGGGCUCUCACACGUUGGCGCGCCAGCUCCAGAACCUCCUCCGGUGGCUCGGGCUCAAAACUGGUAA